CCACCUUGCGCACGCAGUACAAUAGAAUGCGUGUAACUGUUUCGUUGUGUUUUGUUCACAGCGGGAUUAGGAAAUAUCACCUGGUUGGUCCACUCGGCGAGUUUCGAUCGUCGAUGAGAAGAGAAGGGAGUUCAGCAUAAUAAUGUCCACGUCUGCGGACGUUUAAGCGCGGGGUCAGUUCAUAGAAAAAAACAAACAGAACGUUUUGGUGUGAUGGAGUGGCGAGAACAGUCCACGGUGAGCUGCCAGGACGCGUACGUGGAGGCUGAGAGGUGGAUCGAAGCAGUCACCAAGAAAACAUUUAAGGGCAAAGACUUCCGAUCGGCUCUGGAGAAUGGCGUUUUGCUGUGCGAUCUGAUCAACAAGAUCAAGCCUGGCAUCAUCAAGAGAGUCAACAGGCUGCCAACACCAAUAGCUGGUCUGGACAACAUUAACGUCUUCCUCAAGGCCUGCCUCAACAUCGGACUCAAGGAGGCGCAGCUCUUUCACCCCGGAGACCUCCAGGACUUGUCAUCAAGAGUCACAGUCAAGGACGAAGAGACCGACCGGAGACUCAAAAAUGUGCUGAUCACACUUUACUGGCUUGGUAGAAAAGCUCAGGGUGAGCGUUCGUAUGAUGGACCUUACCUGAAUUUCAAGGCGUUUGAGGGAUUACUUGGCACAGCACUUCACAAGGCUCUACAAGAAUUGUCUGGUCAGAAAGGCAACUGCAUCCAAGACAGUGAUUUGGGAGAUAACUGGUAUUCAGAACGAGAGGAGCGUCACCAGUUAAGAGGAGGAGGUUGGCACAGAAGAGAGGAUUCGUUGGACAGCUUGGACUCUCUGGGCUCCCAGACGCUGAGCCUCUCAUCGGACGCCACACUGAAAGGCAGCAGCGAGGGUUGUUGCAGCGACGCCGAGGCCGACGCAGCUUUCAAGAUGUCCAACAACAAGGAGUCUCUUUCUUACCGCCGCUCCGUCACCCUCACACCGAAGGUCACCACACAGUUCAACCAAUUCCUGCCCACGAAAGACAAGGCCACAGGAUAUGUUCCCGCUCCUCUGAGGAAGAAACGGACCGAACGCAAUGACGACAAUCGACGCAGUUGGGCCAAUCCUGUUUACAUGGACGAAGAUGACUUACCAAUCACCAGUGACACCACCCUGCCCCCUGGCAAAAGUUCCACAUCCCCCAGUGCUCACCCACAGUCUGCCAUUGAUUACGAAAGUGGCAGCGACUCUGACUCAGACCGUCCGGACCCCGAUGUCAUUAUGGAUGAUCUGGCCAGCCGACGCUUCCACAGCCCCCCACCGGCGCCCCCUGCCAACUUUUCCAUACCCAUCAGCCUGUCAGCUUUGGGUAUGGCACCCGCGGGGCAAUGGCCGAGGGUGACUGUGAGCCCCAGUGUUGCUCGCAGCAGCGAUGGUGGGGAACAAAGGGCCGAGCGCCGACCCCCGGUGUCCACUGAGAGCAUUUUCAGUGAUCCGUAUGCCAACUCGGAGGAUGAAGACGAUGAGGUGGGCUACGCAGACCCUGUUCAAGAUGACCUCUACGCCCGCAAGGUGGGAGCCAGAAACUUGGUGGCAGGCGAUGCCUCCUACCACAAGUUCUUGCCCAAGUUGUGGACACCCGAGGAGGACGUUCAUAUCCAGAAGAUCAAGCUGGGCUCUCAGAGCAGACCGUGGUACAGGAAGAUGCAAGGGUUCAGCCAUGAGAAGUCGGGCUCCUCGUCGGACGAUUCCGAACCUGACGUUGCUCCUGCACUUUCCUCGGGCCCCUCCUCCUCUCACCCCUCCACGACUCAAAGCGCCCUCAUUGGGGGGAAAAGUCCUCCUAUGCACACUCACAGCUCCUCACACCGACCCAAGACCACCCUAUUAGAGACCCCGCCUCUGAGGUUCACCCCAGUAGACCCCACCUCCGGUCCCAGACUGGUCAAAUGUCAGCAGUGGCCCCUGUUAGGGCGCCAAGACCCCCGGGAGCCUCCAGAUCCUAUCGAUUAUGAGAGCAUCAUCCCCGAUUUGGAGAACGAUGACAUGUUCGCGAGGCGGACCCUCACCUUCCAGGCCAACAGCGAGCUUGCCACAGUGAAGACCCCCCUCUCAGCAAAGCGAUGCCUUUGGACAUCGAAGGAACAGAUCAAUAUCGUGACACAGCUUCAUAAGGAGGAGAAGGAGGAGGAGGAAUUUCCCGACAUCGAGCAGGACGACGUCGUCCAACGUAGGGAGAAAAUCGAACAACAACAGCGCCCCCUGUCAGGUGCCCCUGACAACUUCUCCCCAAUGGCCAUUACUGAGCCAUGGGACCUCCCUCCUGAACUCAAGACCAGGCUCUUGUGCCCGCCCUCCCCUCUCACCCAGGAGUCAUCAUCAAACAAAUCCAAUCACGUCCUAAAAGAGCCAUGUCCCGAAAUGGACGAUAUGCUGGUCCGAAAGCUGGCUGCACAGCAUAACCAAGUGUCAGCCAAUCAGGCGACUCCCUCUGUGCCAACUUCCUGCAGUGAAGGGGACCUGCAGAGGUGGCAGGCCAUCAGGGAAGCUAGUCAGCGGAGAUACAAGAAGAAGCUCAUGGUGGAGAUACUAGCCAAGAAAAUAUAUAAAGAAGUGAGCAAAUCAACAAAUGACGUCAAUGAAGAACCUGUGUUGGUCAGACGGCAGUCUCAGUAUGAAGCUCUCGAGAAAUACCGCGAGCAGGUCAAGCAGAGCGAUGAUAGGUGGCAGGAUGACCUAAGCAAAUGGAAAAACCGGCGUAAGAGUGUCAACUCUGACAUUGUUAAAAAGAAAGAAGAGAGGGAGAUGGUGGAACAGAUCACAUCCGGCGGCAGCACCAGAAGGCCCAAGACCUACAAAGAGAUGCAAGAUGAGAGGCAGAACAGGCGAACCAGCAGCAUCGGCAGCCGCAUGGGGUCGCUCAGUUUUGACAAUGACAACGAUGUAUUUGAGAACCCGAAACCCCGUCCUCGAGAGAGCAUAAGUAGGAGCUACACUGUGGAUACUUUGUAUCACUCAUCUGGCUCAUACGAGUCUGCUCGGAAAGAGGACAAGCCCCCAGAGGUCCCGCUCAGGUCCACGAAGCAGGGGUCUGAUGCCAUAGAUGCUCCUGGCGUGACCACCACUCGCGGUUCCUUUCACAGACUCAAACCUUCCGAAGCCACGCCCUCCCAAAGGAGUUCAGUCUUUGAAAGCACGACCAAAACAGAGGAGAUCUCACGACCUCCGAAAGCCUCACAAAAGGUGCCUGAGCCAAAGAGCCCAGUCAAGGUGCAGCCCCCUUCUUCUGCUGCCAUCUACAAACCAUCGCUGCAAAGCAAGACAGAAGCCAAUGCUGCAACGGUUUCUCGGAUAUCCGCCUCUCUGCCUAGAAGCUACCAGAGAUCGGAUAGUGCGCGACUGUCAUCAGUCAUCACGCCGAGACCUUUCGGGACCCAGCUAUCCCGUGUAGGCUCACUUAACCGGACCGUCACAUCAGACGAGUCCAACAGUCGCAUCAAUGGCAACGCUGCUAUUUCCAAAAACUCGUCGGUGCCGAGCCGCUAUCACCAGUUCAUGACCGCCGAAGAUGAGGCCGAGUCGCAGUCGAGCCCCGUCCAAAGCAGCGAGGAUGACGAUGACACGCCAGAGGAGACCAUGGUGAAGAGUGUCACCUCCACGUCAAGCGUCUCAUCCCGCACAAUUGAGAUCAAAAGAGAAGUUUUAGCUACCGAACCCAGCAAGGAAAGUACGUGCGAGAUGCGGGUCAGCCUCAACCAGAAGCCCAACAGCAGUCGUGACUUUGGCUUUGAUGUGGCAUGGGACUCUAGCGGGGCUCACGUCAAGGCCAUCCAACCAGGCAGCCCAGCUGAAAUGUUCCAGUUGCAGGCUGGGGACGAGGUGCUGACAGUAAAUGGCCAACGGGUGGCGGACAUGAGCUACCUGGAUUGGAAGGCCAGCAUGGACCGGGCUCUGCAGGAGGGCAGUUUGGUGAUGGACAUAAGGCGUUAUGGCAAGAGCAACUGGGACAGAGAUCCAUCUUCCCCGCUAUUCAAAGGCCAUAAGACCAUCAAUCUGACCACUAGGGAUCAUCCCAUACUUGUAGGUUUCGCCGAUGCCGGUGGUGCCAUGUUAGAUUUCACUUCGCUCACUGACACAUCUGCCAAGGCCACCAGCCACUCACUCGUGGAUGUGGCUUCCAAUGGCAUCGCUGGUGGUUACCCCAAAGUGUCCAUGAUGACUCAAGAAUCAGAGCCCAUUUCUAUGAUAAACUUAAAACGGAGAUCAGAGUUUUUUGAAAAAGGAGCAGUCGACUCUGCCAUGCCAGAUAUACCCGUUCCUCCAAUCACUGCGUCUUCGACUCGUUGGUCUUGGGAUCCAGAAGAGGAGCGCAGGAGACAGGAGAAGUGGCAGAAGGAGCAGGAGCGCCAACUACAGGAGAAAUAUAAGCGUGACCAGGAGAAAUUGCAGGAGGAAUGGACAAAGGCCCAGCAGGAGAUCUCCAGCAGUUUCCCACAAUCCGAGCCUGUGGGCUCAACCCUCGCCUACCGGGAGCUGCAGCAGGAGCGAGAGAGGCUGGAGCUAGAGAGGAAGAGGAGGGGAGAGGAGGAGGAGCAGGAGCGCAUGAAGCUGGAGAUGGAGAGGAAGCUGAGAGAGGAGGAGUUUGAGCGCCAAAGGCAGGAGAUGAGGAGGCGGGAGGAAGAACUCGAACAAGAGAGACAGGAAAUAGAUAGGAAGAGGAGGGAGCAGGAGCAAGAGCUGGAGCGCCAAAGACAGGAGAUGAGGAGGAGGGAGGAGGAGCUGGAACGCCUGAAGCUGGAGGAGGAGAGGAGGAAGAAGGAAGCGGAGGAGGAGCGCCAAAGGCAGGCGGAAGAGGAGAGGAGGAGGAUCAGGGAGAAGGAGGAAGAGGAGGAGAGGAGGAAGAGGGAAGAGGAGGAGGAGCGCCAAAGGCAGGCGGAAGAGGAGAGGAGGAGGAUCAGGGAGAAGGAGGAAGAGGAGGAGAGGAGGAAGAGGGAAGAGGAGGAGGAGCGCCAAAGGCAGGCGGAAGAGGAGAGGAGAAUGAUCAGGGAGAAGGAGGAAGAGGAGGAGAGGAGGAAGAGGGAAGAGGAGGAACUUCUGUGGCAGAGGAGGAGGGAGGCAGAGAAGGAGGAGCUGAGGAGGAGGCUGGCGGCUACGGACGAGCAGCAGUGGCAAGGGAGACGCCACACCUUCGAGGAGCAACGGGCUAAAUCGCUUGACAAUGAAGAAAGACUUCCGAGUAGCGGUGUGUUUGUGUAUCGGUCCAGUGUGGCCCUCAGGUUGCUGGAGGAGCAGGCCAAGAGCACACGCGACAAAAUGGCACACGGUCAAAGGGCCGUAAGCGAACUGGAAAAGCAGAGGAGGAAUCUCCUUAAUGCCAAGAGAUACAGGGAGCCUGAGAGAGUGAUGGGCGGUGAUGCGGUCGACGCAAAGUUCGCACAGCCGCCAUCGCAGGCGGAGCUCCAACGCCAGCAGCUGCUGAACGACAUGAGGAAGAAAACGAACUUGCUGACGGACAGCAGCUGGAUCCGCCAACGAUCCGCCACCACCCCUGGCCACGAGGACCUGCCAUCAACACGCAGGGGCGGCUCUCUUGACCACCUGGAUAAACCCCUCAACUCCUGGCGUUCGUCGUGGGCCCCCAGGAGCGAGUCUUAUAUUCCAAACUACUCCAGGCCUCACUCUGCCAUCUACGGCAGCGCUCCCGUUUUCGGCGGCGGGCCGCCGGGGGCUGGGUCCGGUGCGAGCUCCCUACCCCCCUCCUUCCGGGGCCCGGCGGCGGGAGCGACCUCUUGGUCUCGACAAUCGGCGUCCCCUCUGCCAUCUUCUGUGUCUCCCACCACCUCUUCAGAACCUGGUCCUGACACAGGUGGUCAGCGGCAGCGCAGCAGGUCAGUGAGCGGUAAGAAAGUGUGCACCUUGUGUGACACGGCGCUGGGAAAAGGAGCAGCCAUGAUCAUCGAGUCCCUUGGGCUCUGUUAUCAUUUGAAUUGUUUUAAGUGCAUCGACUGCAAGUCGGUCCUCGGGGGAUCGGAAGCCGGGGCGGAAGUCCGAAUCCGAAACAAACAGCUCUACUGUAACACCUGCUACAUGCGAUUCAAAACUGGCCAGCCCACGCCAAUGUGACUUGUGGGUCCUACAGAAGAUCGACAACGAGACCACGGUUAACAACAACCCGUGAUGCCCCCGCCUCACCUGGCGCCAAAUGGCCAACUUCUACAUCUUCAUUCUUGAGAUUUUAAUCAUUUGUGCUGUUUUUUUUUCUUUUUAAGUGGGUAAGACCGGUGUGUGUUUUAUGUGCAAGAUGUGAAAUUUUACAGCUGUACAAAGGGUUCGUCUUCUGCAUACAUUUGGUUACUGCGGGGAUGGGAAAAACCAAAGCCUGUGGGUUCAUAUGCAGCCACGGUGAACGUUAAUUCUCUCAUUAUAAAUAUCGUAUUUUUUCAUAAAUGCAACUGCAUUUGGCACUUGGAGAAAAAAAUGCUCCUCAAUCUUACUACACAUCUUACAUUUAAUUAUUAUUUUUAUGAAAACUAGUGGUGUUCAGUUUUCAUCCGCCUACUUAUGUGCCUUUUUUUGCCACAGGGAAAAGUCAUUAGGAUGACUAUUAUCGUUAUCUAGACUGUAUUUAAUAAGACGGAAUAUUACACGGGUUGUGAAGAAUAUACAGUAUAUGUGAUGAUGGCACAGAAAUUUGUAAAUAAAGACUUCAACGCUGAUCUUGGAAA